AUGGAUGAGAGAGCAAGAAGCUUGAAGAACAACAGCAUGGAAGACGAAAUGGACCUGAAAAGAGGUCCAUGGACCGCGGAAGAAGAUUGUAAGCUCAUAAAUUACAUUGCUACUAAUGGAGAAGGUCGAUGGAACUCUCUUUCUCGUUGCGCUGGACUCCAACGUACUGGUAAAAGCUGUAGGCUUCGGUGGUUAAACUAUCUUCGCCCUGACGUCCGCCGUGGAAACAUUACCCUCGAAGAACAACUCUUGAUCCUCGAACUUCAUUCCCGUUGGGGAAACCGAUGGUCAAAAAUAGCACAAUAUCUACCAGGAAGAACAGACAAUGAGAUCAAAAACUACUGGAGAACGCGAGUGCAAAAACAUGCAAAACAGCUUAAAUGUGAUGUAAACAGCCAACAAUUCAAAGACACAAUGAAGUAUUUGUGGAUGCCUCGGCUCGUGGAGAGGAUCCAAUCCGCCUCAGCCUCCGCUGCAGCCCUAACCACCACCAACACCACAGGAUCAGCAGCAACGUCAUCUUGCAUCACAACCUCUAACAAUCAAUUCAUGACGUAUGAUUACAACAGCAUGGGACAACAAUUUGGUGUAGUGAACAACAAUGAUUAUAUCACGCCGGAAAAUUCCAGCGUGGCCUUGUCUCCCGUAUCUGACUUGACGGAGUACUAUAGCGCUCCAAACACGAACCCGGAAUACUACUCGGGCCAAGUGGGGAAUAGUUAUUACCCGGAUCAGAACUUGGUGGGUCCACAAAUGUUACAAGAUAAUUAUUUUGAUUAUUCUAGGUUACUUGAAGAAGAUGUACCGGCUAUGCAUGAGCAGAGUAAUCUUAACUGGUUUGAAAAUAUUAAUGGAGCUGCUUCCUCUUCAGACAGUUUAUGGGACAUUGGAGAAAAUGAUGAAGACUUCUGGUUUUUGCAGCAGCAACAACAGUUCAACAAUAAUGGCAACUUCUGAAUACAAUAUUAAAAGAUCUUUAUGUACUUAAUUUAACACGAAGUAUACGUGUGAAAGGCAUUUGUUAAGUGUAAUAACUAAAGAAAAGUAAUGGGUUGAUAUUAUCUUAGGAUAUAUGAUCAGCUUUUUUAUUACAAGCUUGAUCAUAUGUCAUGGCGUUUUAACAAAUCGC